AUGUUCACCUCAAAGUGGUGGCAUUUGGCCCUGACGUUACUACUGUUUAGUAUUGAAGGGUACGCAGCUCCUGUAGCGCAGAACUCGGAGACAGCCGAGGGCGGCGGUAAAUCGGACGUUCCUGUUGAACAAUUGGAAAAGCUAAAACUUGCCGAAACCAGCAAGGAAGUACCUGUGAUGAAAAGUGGGCAUGUGGAGUUCCACAGUCUAGACUCAAUCAAAGCAAACGGCCAGCUGUUUUCGAGACUUGAACAGCAUGCAACAGCGGAUUCCGUGCCAGGAGAGAAACCUCACCUACACGCCCAAGCAAAAUUAGACGUGCCGUCUGAAGGUGUGCACCGGGUAGUGGUUCAAGACGAUGCCCAGGUCAGCGUAAUGGAUGCGACAGCUUCUACUACUACUGUUGCUAACGAGGAACAAACAACAAAGGUAUUUCAUGGCGCAGCUCGUUUGGUUCAGCCGGGCGCUGGCAGUGCCAACAAUCCUUCGAACCACCCACCAAACCACUCGACUGUCCGACGUGCUUUCAACGCUGAUAUCACUAAGGAGACCAAAAAUAAUAUGGACCAUUAUUCAUCAUACGCUGGUGUACAAUAUUCACCAUUAGAUAUGGCUGAAUAUGUUUUCUGGACAGGCGAUGAGCGCGGCGUGACUACAGCAAUCGAAGAUUUCCUCCAAGAGGGCAUGAUGACAAAAGAAGACGCGAUUAAUUUCUUACAAGAGAUCAAGUUCAACAUCGACUACCUCCGAGCUCACUACUCACAGAAUUUGAGAGCAGCUGAAGAGAGUGCUAAGCAAGAGAAAUUAAGGAAUAUUAUUCUAGAACAGAAUGCUAAGGUUCGAAUACCGAAUACUGAACGACAACGUGCACUUGUACUCGAAUAA